AUGGCGUCGCAACAGUCACUCAAGAAGCAGCAAGAACUGCAAACCACGUAUCAGAACUAUAAGAAUACAUUACAAACAAUAGCCCAGAAAAUCGGGGAUAUUGAACAGGAGACAGAAGAACACAAGCUUGUGCUGGAGACCCUAGAACCCCUUCCAGGAGACCGGAAAUGCUUCCGCAUGAUCAAUGGUGUCUUGACUGAGAGGACAGUCAAGGAUAUUGUCCCCACGCUGAAGACAAACUCCGAUGGUCUGAAAAAGACCCUCGAGGAGCUGGUCAAGCAGUACAAGACUAAGCAAGACGAAAUGGAGAAGUGGAAGAAAAAGCAUAAUGUACAGGUUGUUCAACAACCCCAAUAG